AUGAAUAUGCAAGGCAUAUUUGCCAUCCUCUCCUUGUGUUUUGUUGCUUCACAAGCUGAACCAAUUUUUGAUGUCCUCAAGUAUGGUGCUUUAGGAGAUGGCCACACCGAUGAUUCAAAAGCUUUUGUGAAAGCAUGGGAAGAUGUUUGCGAUUCAACAAAGGGAAAUCCAACCCUUCUGGUACCUAAGAGAAGAACCUUUGUAUUGCAACCUACUGUUUUCCAAGGUCCUUGCAAGUCUCCAUCCAUUAAUUUUAAGAUUCAAGGAACUAUAAGUGCUCCAAAAGGUGUCAAUGAUUGGAAAUGGUCAAGCAAUGAUAAAGGCAGCUGGCUUCAAUUUAUAUACAUAAAUAGACUUGUUGUCAAUGGUGGAGGAGUUUUUGAUGGCCAAGGUACACCUUGGUGGGAAUGUUUCAGAAAAUCUAGAUGUCAAAGGCCACGUGCCAUCUCAUUUCAUGCAUGUCCGGAGCUUAGAAUCAAUAAAGUGAAAGUAAUUAACACCCCAUCAAGUCACAUAAACAUAAACGGCUGCAAUGGCUCCGUUAUCUCCAAUAUCCACCUCCUUGCUCCUAAUGACAGCCCUAACACUGACGGCCUUGGAAUCUCUGGCUCAUCCCAUGUCACAAUCCGAGAUUCUACCAUGGAAGUUGGUGAUGACUGUGUGGUCAUUAAUGGAGGUUCCCACAUGAACAUUAGUGGUGUCUUCUGCGGACCUGGUCAUGGCAUAAGCAUUGGAAGCCUGGGAUCAGGUGGAACUUAUGGUGCAGUGGAAGAGAUCCACGUCAGAAACUGCACCUUCACCAGAUCUUCAAGUGGAGCCAGAAUCAAGACUUGGGAGGGUGGAUUUGGAUAUGUUAGAAAGGUCACAUAUGAGGACAUAAUACUGGAAGAUGUUCAGCACCCAGUGCUCAUUACCCAACACUACAAUAUUUCUCUAACUGACAACAAAAAGGCUAUAAAAAUCAGUGACAUUACAUACAGGAAUUUCAGGGGAACUUCAGCUUUUGAGGAAGCAGUCAAAUUGGAGUGUGACAAUGUUGUAGGAUGCACCAACCUUGUGUUGGACGACAUCAAAAUUACAUCAUCUAAUCCUAAAAUGAAGACCAGGGCCACCUGCACAAAUGCUCAUGGCAAAAGUUCUGCCUCCAACAUUCCUCAAGUUUCAUGCCUUCUAAAGUGGAAGAAAUUUGAUUUAGCUGCUGGUUUUACUCAAACAUAUAAAAGGAAAGUAAAAGAGAAACAAGGGUUAGAGCAGAAAGAAGUGACAGGUUCAGGUCAUUAUCCUAAGGGUCCAGGCUAUCAGGGAUUGGCAAUGAUACUGUAG